UUUAUCAACUAAGUUUAUGUAAUAUUCUAAAUCCUUUGUUUUCAUUUCAACAACGUUCACAGCAUCUUCACCAGGAGCAAAUUCCAUCUCAAUAAACUACUUUUACCCGCACGCCUGCCACAGAGAAGAUGGAGCUGAUCCAGAAGGCCAAGUUGCCCAAGUGCUAUGAUGAUAUGGCUACCUGCAUGAAGACCAUGACCAAGCAGGGCACCAAGCUGUCCAAGGAGGAGUGCAACCUGCUUUCCGUGGCCUACAAGAAUGUGGUUGGGGACUGCAGGUUUGCCUGUAGGGUCAUCUCAAGCAUCAAGCAGAAGACAGACACCUCUGACGAGAAGUUGCAGCUGAUUAAGGACUAUUGGGAGAAAGUGGAGUCCGAGCUGAGAUCGAUCUGCACCACGGCCCUGGAAUUGUUGGAUAAAUAUCUGAUAGCCAAUGCAACUAGUCCAGAGACUGGUGUCUUCUAUCUGAAAAUGAAGGGUGGUUACUUCCAGUACCUUGCUGAAGUUGCAUGUGGUGACAAUCAAAAACAAAUGACAGAUAAUUCCCAAGGAGCUUACCAAGAGGCAUUUGAUAUAAGCAAGAAAGAGAUACAAUCCACUCAUCCAAUCUGCCUGGGGCUUACUGUUAACUUUUCGGUAUUUUACUAUGAGAUUCAUAUUCACCCAGAGCUUGCCUGCACACUGGCUAAAAUGGCUUUUGAUGAGUCCAUUGCAGAACUUGAUACACUGAAUGAAGACUCAUACAAAGACAGCACCCUCAUUAUGCAGUUGCUUAGAGACAGCCUAACACUAUGGACCUCAGACAGUGAAGGAGAAGAAUGUGAUGCAGCAGAAGGGGCUGAAACUAAACCCAUGGUGUCAUCCUUCUUCCCUUCAAUAAACCUUUUUACACAUCUCCAUUCCUUAUUCCACUUGUAUUUCCUAUAG